GUUUUUUAAUAAGUUCAGAGUUAAUUAUCUUGUUUUAACGGUAGGGGAUUAAACUGUGAACCUUACCAACAUUCAUGAGUUUCGAAAAUUCAUUAAAAAACAGAGAAAAAGAUAAAUGCAGCUCUUUUUUCUAAUAUUUUAUUGUUUACACAACCAUCAAUAAGAUGGAUAUUAUUUGUAUUUACUUUAACUAAUAGACACAUUUCAGGGUUUUAAAACAUUAUCUUGAAUAUUGAAAUGCCAUUUCCUUUCAUUAGACUUAUACUUUUGUACAGAUUGUUAAACCAGUCAUUCAUUUACAGUUGUUUAUAGUAAACAAAGGAACAAAAUGAAGAUACAAUGUCCAGAUGCAUGAAUUGGAGAUUUACUAACAAAAGAAAAAGAACCUCAUAUGCUGAACAUAAAACUUGAUGGUUUUUAUAUGCUCUUAAAACAUCAAAUCUUUCGAUACCAGAGUCCUAUCAAUGGUCUUUUUCCUUCUAUUGGAUCUGACAAGAAUACAAAUAGAAUAGCUCAUGUUCAGGAUUCUAUUUACUGUGCAGUUGCUGUUUGGUCACUGGCUCAAGUUUAUAAUCAGAUUUUCAUCAGAAUAGAUAGCAAUCCUUUGUUAGUCAAUGUCUCACUAAAGAUUGAUGAUGACCAGGGCAGGAUCAUAAGUUGGGCCAAGCUUAUGAUGGGUAUGUAGCAAUGUUGGAUAUUCAAGUUGGCCUCCUUCAGUCAUAGAGCGACUAUGGUUCUCAAACACUUUUCCAUGUGCAAUUUUGGAUAUGACAGGCAGAUAAACCUCCAAGAAUGAAAUCAGCUCAGCCUUGAGUUGGACGACAUGCUUUAACACUUUUCCCCUGGAGAGCCAACAAACGUUGGUGUGAUACAGGAGACAUUAGUAGUCUGAAUCCAUUGCUUCACAAAGCUCUGAGGAAAGUCAGAAUGCAAGCGGUC